AUGGGACGCAAGCGCAACUCUCGCAAACCGAGCCAACGCGCCCGGAAAGCUCCCGAGCGUUCAAGUCAUCGCAAGAGUUCGCCGGAGCCGCAGCCGCAAUCCCAGCUGCCAUUCCCCCUUAUCAGAACAGCCAUGCCUCCAUUCAAGGAUGAGCAUAUCUUGUUGAUUGCGCCCGGUUCGCAAAUGACCCUGGCGCAACUUGGUCUGCCCGAAACAUUCACGCCCGCGAAAUUUAGAUUCCCCACGCGCAUGUUCCCCGCCGAAAAGAAGGGAGAAUACGAACCUUACCGCGUCAAGGAGAAACGCCAGCAAAUCAAGAUUAACAAUGGCACAGCUUCCCCAAAGGCCGAUGUGGAGAUGAAGGAUGCUGAAUCGACCGCUCCAGCCACUGAAACUGCUGCCAAGCCCGAAGGUGAAGGUGGAAAUACUGAUCACAACGAGGAGCCGACCAAGGCCGUCGAAGAGAUUGUUUACGAGGAGGAUGUGGCUUCCGAUGAAGGUGCAAUUUACCCAAUUGAGAAUGGGCGCGUUGUCGACUGGCCCUGCUUUUUUGCCUUGCUCACCCACAUCUACAACACUCUGAGCCCACCUUUCCACACUCCCAUCAUGCUUAUCGGUCAGCCUGUCUGGUCCGCGCGCGAUCGCGAAGCAAUUGCCCAAUUCGUUUUUGAGAAGUUCAAGGCCCCCGCAUUCAGCCUCAUGGAUUCUGCUCUCGCGGCUUGCUACGGCUAUGGUACAGCUACCGCCACCGUUGUUGAUGUUGGAAAGGGCAAGGUUGAUGUUACUGCUGUCACCGAUUUUGCGGUCAACGAACACGGUCGUGGAAUUGCAUUGGAGGGUUGUGGUGGAGACGCUAUGACCGAUCGUCUUGUUGAGCUUCUGGGUCCCAAGGGAUUCAGCAGGGAGAUGUGUGAGCAGCUCAAGAGAAGCAAUAUUACUGAGAUUCUUCCUCCGGGUACGCCUCUUCCUGGAGCCGCCGCUACCGCACGACAGGGUGCCAACCCUGCGGCUACUGCUUCAACUGGUGGACCAGACGCAAACGAUUCUGCUCCUCGUGGUCCUGGCGAUGGCACUCAAACCGGAUUGGAAGCCAAUGAUGGUGAUGAGGAGGACGGUGUUCUCGAUGUCGCUGCCAUUGUCAGCGGCAAUACCACUGAAUAUCUCGCCAAUAUUGAGAAGGAAAAGACAUCUAAUAAGAAGGGCGCAGCCGACCCCAAGGGAGUGCGUCUGCCCAACUCAAAGAAGGAGAAGGCAUCAUUCCAAUUCGAGGAGUUUGUGCAGUUGGAAGGAGAGAAGGCAACAGCCAAUGGUUCUAACCAGUAUGCCCGUCACACUCGGGAGAUCGAAGUCAGUGUUGAGCGUUUCCUUUUGACAUCGCCUCGCUCAACAGUCGGAGACCGCCUGACUGGUGGAAUCCUCGAGGAUAUUGCGACUCAAAUUCAUCACACUAUCCUUGCUGUUCCGGAUGCCACCAAGCGAAGCGAGCUUUGGGACUCUUUGAUUAUCGUCGGAUGUGGAAGCAAGGUCAAGGGCUUCACUCAGGCUUUGCUCGGCGUUAUUACCCAAAAGUUCAUUCUCUCUCCUUCCGGCACUAUCUUCACCUCCGAAAUUCCCUCCACCUUCAGCACUCCUCUUCCCACGGGCGGUACCAAUACACCAGCCCCCAUGGGCCAGCCGGGCCCAAUGUAUCACCCUGCCGCCCACGGCGUGAACCCUCUCCUCGUGGCCGCCACCCACAACAACCCCGGCAUACCCGGUGCCAUUCCCGGUACGCCCUCCAUGGAUCCCAACAUGGCAUCCCACUACCGCUCGACCGGUCAUUCGCAGACCCCAACCUCUGCCAAGACCCUGAAGCUCCCUGAGUACUUCCCAGACUUCAAGGACCAGGGCAAUAGCAACGCUCCCGGUGUCAGCACAGGCCAUACUGGGGUAAAUCCGAAUGCUUCCCAAGGUGGCCAUGGCAUGGAGGAAGCUGUGUUCCUCGGUGCCCAGAUGGCUGCCAAGGUCGUAUUCGUUCUUGACCAGGGUCUCAGCAAGGGUUACAUGAGCCGGGUUGACUACAAUGAGAACGGACCGUCUGCUAUUCACGAAUACAUUCUGUGA